UAAUACGUUUUAUUCUCUACUUGUUAUUAUUCUACCUCUUCUUCUUCUUACUAUUAUUGUUAUUAUUAUUACCAUUAUUCUUGAUUCAUCUAAAACUAUGCUUUAUCAGUAAGAUUAUCUUAACUCACUUCAACACUAUUAAAACUGUUAUUAUAACUAUUACUAUUGAUAUUAGUCUGUUUGCAAUUCUCCUUAUAUUCCCUAGUGACUAAUUGUUUAUCUAAGUGAUGCAAUUGAAGCGUAAUGCCAUUUAUCUUAAUUUUGAUCUCUCAUACUCUCUCUCCCCUUAUCUAUUUGAACAUGACCUGGAAAAUAUUCGCACCUGUCUCUCUGCAUGAUUAAUUCAAUGUAGUUUGUUUACUUAUCAGUCUUAUAUCUCCCAAUGUAAUUUCAAAAGUAUAUAUAUUCGUGUAUGUAGAGUAUUCAACUUAUCAGUCUUAUAUCUCCCAAUGUAAUUUCAAAAGUAUAUAUAUCCGUGUAUGUAGAGUAUUCAGCUGACGAGUUCUACCGAAAUUUGAUGAAUUCAUUAAAUCCUGCUUUAUUAACCUUUAUUGCUUGUUUUAAAUUCGUAUCGGGAAAUAAAUGUUUUCAAUUCUUGAAGAAGCGUCUCCCAAAAAGCACUAUCAAUGCACUAAAUGAUCUAGUGAAAUUGAAGUGCAGGAUUGCUAAACACUCUGCACGACGAGAUUUUUUGAAAGAAUGUAUCCAGAAUAAUAUUUAUCCUCGAACAUUUUACAAAUCCUUGCGUAAAGAUCAUCUGAGACCUACACGAGCGAAUCUUUACCGUCUUGCUGAAUCACAUUUGUCUUCUGAAACAGAUGAAAUCAGUAAUUUAUUCCUAUCGUCAAGCAAACUGAUCAAUGUACAAAAUGACUUAAACUUCGUAUGUUAUAUUAAAUUCACUAAAUAUCUGCAUGCCACAUCAAAAAAGACAAAAGAAUCAGAAGUAAAGAAACUGAAGAAGUCACUUUAUCCGGAACCGCCAAAUGAAAUUUUCCCAGUGGAUAUAUCUAAUUAUGUUCACAAUUUAUCUGAUGUUUCCCUAUCAAAAGAACAAGCAGAAAUUCUGUCAUUGGGAUUCAAAUCCUGUGUUCCCAUGAAGAAGAUAAAGCAAAUCGAUAUCGAAUGCCAAUUCGAAAAUCUUUAUGAUCAACUUAUGGGGCUACAUGCCACGUCCAGUGACAGCGAAAGCUGGUUGAAAGCAAAGAUGGUUGAUAUCGCUCAUCAAUUUCGAGUCAUGCCGACCAAUCAAAAGUCGCAUAUCACCAAAGAACACUGGCGAUCUUUAAACAAGCUUCGAAAAGACAAAAAUCUUGUUAUCCUACAAGCUGAUAAGGGACAAAGUGUAGUGCUAAUGAACAAGAUAGAUUAUCUCGAAAAAAUGCAUCAAAUUCUCGCCGAUGAAUCUAAAUUCAAAUUGGAUAACCAUGCAAAAGACCAAACGUUAUCAACCGAAAGGAAAAUUGUGCAGCAUCUACGACAACUCUUCAAAAAUAAAUACAUAGACGAAAACACAUAUAGAAAUAUCAAACCGAUUGGGUCACAAAUCCCAAAACUAUACGGACGCGUAAAAAUACACAAACCAGGAGCGCCGUUAAGACCCAUACUCUCUAUGAUAAACUCGCCGUACCACAGACUAGCACAGUGGUUAUGUGAACUGUUGCAGCCAUUGUUGAAACGUUUCGGAACACAUAUAGUCUCUGAUUCAUUUCAAUUUGUCAAUCAAAUUAAAGAUUUCAAUGUAUCCGAUAAGCAUUUGGUCUCUUUCGAUGUUACCUCCCUUUUCACAAAUGUGCCAGUUGUUGAGACUAUCGACUUCAUAUGUAAAGAAGCUGAAGACAUACCCAUUCCAACAUCGGAAUUGAGGAAAUUACUACUUUUAUGUACUAAAAAUGUCCAAUUCCAAUUCAACGGGCGUCUAUUCCGUCAAGUUGAUGGUGUCGCAAUGGGAAGCCCUUUGGGACCACUUUUCGCCGACUUAUUCUUGUCACGCCUAGAAACCGGUGCUUUGCAGCAGCACAUACAAGAAACAAAUGUAUACCUAAGAUAUGUUGAUGACAUUUUUAUUGUCUGUGAAAGCAGAUCAAAAGCGGAAGACAUGUUGAUAAAAUUCAAUUCAUGCCAUCCGAAUCUCAAUUUCACAGUAGAACACGAGGAAAACAAUACUAUGAAAUUCCUAGACGUUUUUCUAGCCAAAAUGAAUGAUGGCACAAUCGAAAGAUCUAUAUUUAGAAAGUCUUCAUGGACAGGACAGUACAUGCAUUUCAAGAGCUUUGUCCCAAUCCAGUACAAAAAGAACCUAGUCAGAACACUGUUCAAUAGAGCACGGAAAAUUUGUUCUGACAGUACUAUUGAACAGGAAACAAAAUCUCUGAAGGAUAUUUUAUCUAAGAAUGGAUAUCCUGAGAAGUUCAUUAAUAAAUACUCCAAAGAAACUACCCCCCGCAAAACAAUUCAAACAGUUCCAAAGAAACCUGUUUAUAUCAAUUUACCGUUCAAAGGAGAUGACGUACAAGAAGUAGUGAAACGAAGACUCGACAAAGCCAUCAAGAGAACUUAUUAUGCUGCAAAACUUGUUAUCCUUAACACCACCAAGCGAGUGCUUCAACAAUCUGGGAAAGACCAGUCGCCAAUCCUCGACACUUCAAACUGCAUAUAUCAAUUUGAGUGUGUUUGUGGCAGCAAAUACAUAGGUCGUACGGAAAGGCGAUUGUCUACUCGCAUGAUGGAGCAUUUACCAAAAUGGUUGAAAACAGCUGAGUGCAAAGUCCCAAAAUCCUCAAUAACAAAACAUCUCGUGGAUUACGGACAUGAUAUCGACGCCGUCAAGUCAUUUACCAUUGUCAGCAAACAAAGAAACAAGAAGAUGCUUGCAAUUGCAGAGGCUUGUGCAAUUCGAAUUUAUAAACCAGCUCUCUGUAUACAAAAGGAGAUGGUCGUAACUCUUAAUCUACCAUGGUAA